CAUUCUGCUCGUGGGUUCACAGGACUUCCCGCAAAAUUACCCAGCCGAUGGCUCGUGGGUACUGGCCCACUGGUUCCGAGAUACCAUAUGCCGAUCUGUCAUAUUUCAUGAAUCCCAAUCGACCCAGCGAUGAGAAUCGUUUGGACCUUUCAAACUUGGUGCAGCAGCCAUCUAGAGGAGACCUACCAUUGAAUCUCAGCAGUGGGAACGGAAACUCCAGCUCGGAUAGAGCUGUUGGCUCUUCAGGUGGCCAUCUCCACUGCAUCCGUCACCUCCAUAACCCAGUGCCUCCUGGACUACCAAGGGUGAUGGCCCGGGGAGCCGAAAACAUCCCAGGGAUCUCUAGGAAUAGACUAGCUGUGGACGUGUCAACUGCAUCUGGUUUUGGUGGCUGCUUUUAUUCACGACCAAUGCAAGAUGCCCACUUUCCACUGGGUGUUGGUAGGGUGUCUCUAGGAGGAACCAGUGGAUUCUAUCAUUCUCAUGCUCAGUCUCACAAUGUGCCUGGAAUUCGAGUCCCUGAAUUCCCAGCUCCUGAAGGGCAAGCAGAUGAUAGGCUAACAUGGAAACCAGAAGGAAGAUAUGCAGUGAGAGAGGUGGAUGUUCCAUGGACAAACUCUGUCAUUUCAUCCACAACUGAUGAACUUCAGCCAUCUACUUCUGGAAUGGGGGAAGUUGCUGGCUUCUGGAGGCCCAGAGUCAGGGCCAGGGAGGAGGCUAGAUCUCUACUUGGGCCUGAUUUCCUUAGCACAGGAGCCUCUGCUACCAAUUUAGGCCCAAUACCCCAUGACCACAGAAAUGUCUUAGAUCAUCAUACAAGAGUACGAUCCUUAACAACUGGUUCUGUGCAAGUGGGUGGUCUGCAUGAAGAAAAUGGGGAUGGUGUCCAAUCACUUGAAGUUGUUCAACACUCCUCUCUUCCUGACCAAGAACCAGUUUCCUCUUCAGCAUCCUCUCCACAAGAUCCUCAUGGUGGGGCAGAGAUGAGGGAGAUUCCCAUUGUUGACCUCACAACCGAAGAUGAAGGAAGAGCUUCCCAUGGCCAUGGAUCCUCAUGCCAGUUGUCUGAUCUCAGCUCAGAGCCCCAGUCACCUUGUUUGUGGAUAGGCUCAGUGGGAGUUUCAUCUGGCAGAGGAGGUGCUGAUGAGCAACAGAACAAUGCACCUCAUGCAUCCAACUCAUCAUGCUUCUGUGGGAGGCCAUCAGGAGGAACUGCAGAAGGAGGGGGAGGGACAGGGAGUACCUCACUCUCAAACACCUGGCACCAUCCAAUGGCCACAUGGGGAGGAAGUGGAAUGACAACACCCAGUGGACCUUGGGGCAUGCAUCCUGUUCAUUGUAGGCUCUGGAUGGACCAUGCUCGGAAUCAGGAGCUGAGGAGACGGUGGCUUGCAGCGGCUCCGUAUCCAUCAUUCCCUGUGCAGCCACAGCCCCACUCCGUCUUCCCACAUUCCCGACCUCAGGCCCACUGCCAUGCUCACCCUCCACCUGCCCCUCCACCUCCAUCAUCUGAUCACAUGGCCAGUGGCCACUCGUUCAUGGAAGUGGGAGCUGAAGGAGGGAGCAAUAGUGGCAAUAAUGGCAUCUCUGCCUCACCUCAAUGGUUGGGUCCAGCUGCAGCACCAGCACCAGCAACAACAGUGCAGUCUAAUUGUGGCCAAACGGCAAGGACUUGCCCCUAUGUUCGUACCAAUCCAGAUUCAACUGCCUUCAUGGGUCCUUCUACUGACUAUUCUCACCCACCACCUCCUCCACCCCCUCUUGUCACUUUGGGCUGGGGACUUGGAGAGGUGGCAUCAGCUGGUCCUUGUAUCCAUCAGCCUCAUCCUCAGCUCAACUUCAACAUCCUCAUCACACCAGUUCCCCCUCUUGCAUAUGGCCCAGCCAUUCCUGUUCGACAUGGACAUCACCACCACUAUCAUCAUCACCAUCUCAUCACACUAUCCAGCAUGGAGAAUGAUCAUCAGCGAGGGGCUUCCCAAUCCACUAUUGAGAAAAAUACUCUUCCUUAUAAAUAUGAAAAGGUUGUGACAUCAAAUGCUGAAGAAGAUGGAGAGAAAUGUACUAUCUGCUUGUCAGAAUUUGAGCACGAUGAACAUGUUCGACGUCUACCAUGCAUGCACUUGUUCCACCUACCAUGUGUGGAUGAAUGGCUGCGAGGGAAUAAGGUGUGCCCCAUCUGUCGAGUGGAUAUCGAGGCUCAUCUCAAUCGGGAUUAUUCUUAGAAGAUAAUCUCUGUUUCAUUGUCUCCCUUCACCACCACACUCAUCAGUAUUAUUACAGGUUCCAUUGAAAGCUCAAAGCCAAGUGUGCUUCGUCUCGAAGAGUUGUAGAGAGGAAUGUGGGGACACCCAAUUUUCCAGAUAUAGAUUGAAUGCAUGAAAUGAAAUUGAAUUCUUUUUUGCAGGCUGAGACUGAAUCUGGGAAUGAUAGAGGACUAGCUAAUGCAGGUAUACAGUGCUUUGAUAUUAUGUAAACUCACUGGCUGAUCUCAUAUCCUAACUCCCUCUGAUUUGAUCAUAGAACUCUGAAGUACCAAUAUCCCUUUGGUGCUGAAUGUCCUUGGUAUAUGUGUUUAUUAGCUUUCUUGUUUCUCUGCCUAUUUGUUUAUUGAGAAUUUUGGUUGGUUUUCACCCCUUCAAUGCAGCCUUUGAUGAUUGAUGUUCAGCACUUGCUUGAUGUGAUGAACUUAUGUACUUUUAAUCCCAGUGUGGUGCACUGGGUUGUUUUCCUUGGUGAUUACAGGGUAAACCCCCAAAUAUUUUGUGCAGACUGGGGAUUUGAAGUGUGAAAAUCUUCCUGUGCCAUUUGAUCGUCUCAUUUAUUCAAGACUUUCUUCUCCUUUUUCUCCUCUCCGUUUAUAUCCCCUAUGUAGGUAAACAUUGCAAUGCUGUGCAUUGGAGGAAGAUGCAAACACAGGAGGGGGUAUUAUUUUGUGAUUUGCAGUAUGAACUUCCUGUUUCAACUUAUUGAUAAAGUUUGAAGCCCAAAAAUGUGUGUGCAUGCUAGAUUGUCAUUUGUUUUUUUUUUAAUUUUUUUUUUUUCCUUUAUCCUGUGCAUUGCCUUUUGAAGUUGUCCUUGAGACAAUAAGUCAAUGAGACACUUGGGGGAAGUCGAAAAUGGAAUUUCAUAUGGG